AACAAAAUUUCCCUCUCCUAAUUUUCUCUCUCCUCCGUUUUGUUUCUCGACUCAAAAAAACACUUCGGUCGCGAGCGCAACCCCUUGUCACCCCCUCUUCCCAUUGCCGGCCACUUGUUUCCACCAUGCCAGUCGGCUUUUCCACCCUAAUUAAACCCUAAUUUUGCUCUCUUUGCUCCUAAAUCUCCCAAUUUCCCCUUUCUUUUCAAUCUUUAGUUGAAUUUACAGAUCUUGGGCUCAAUGGACUCAACCCUAGAUCUCAAGAAUUGUAUUGAACGGCGGCGCGUGAGAGAUAGAGAUAGAGAAAGGGAGCGUGAGCUGGGAUUAGUAGCUUCUGGUUGUUCUCGGGAGCAUCAGCGGGUCAAAGUCUAUCGUCUAACUGAAGAUGGCAAGUGGGAGGAUCAGGGAACUGGUCAUGUCACUGUUGAUUACGUGGAGAGGUCAGAAGAUCUUGGUCUUUUUGUCAUUGAUGAAGAGGAUAACGAAACCUUGCUCUUGCACCGGAUCACUCCAGAUGAUAUUUAUAGAAAACAAGAAGAUACAAUUAUUUCCUGGAGAGAUCCAGAAUAUUCCACUGAAUUAGCCCUUAGCUUCCAGGAAACUGCUGGAUGUUCUUAUAUAUGGGACCACAUAUGCAAUGUGCAAAGGAAUCUACAUUUUAGUACACUUAACCAUGAUACAUUCCAUAGUGUGAACAGUGAGUUGCGGGAGCUGCCUGCUGUGGAGCUAUCAACACUCCCUUUAAUAUUGAAGAUUGUGGGAGAGAGUGGCAUUACGGACCAAAUGCGAUUGACAGAACUUGUAUUGCAUGAUCCAGAGUUUUUCAGGAAGCUGAUGAAUCUGUUUAGGAUUUCCGAGGACCUUGAAAAUCUUGACAGCCUUCAUAUUAUCUAUAAAAUUGUCAAAGGGAUCUUAAUGCUCAAUAGUCCGCAGAUCUUUGAGAAGGUUUUCGGAGAUGAAUUCAUCAUGGAUAUUAUUGGGUGUCUUGAAUAUGAUCCUGAUGUCCCUCAUGUUCGUCAUCGUGAUUUUUUGCAAGAGCAUGUGGUUUUUAAGGAGGCUAUACCGAUUAAAGAUCCCAUGGUCUUGUCAAAGAUACACCAAACAUACAGAAUUGGUUACCUAAAGGAUGUGGCUUUGCCCAGAGUAUUGGAUGAUGGGACUGUUGCGAGUCUGAAUUCUAUAGUACAUGCAAAUAAUGGUGUUGUAGUAUCCUUGCUGAAGGAAGACAAUACUUUCGUUCAGGAAUUGUUCUCAAGGUUAAAAUCAUCCAGCAUAUCGGUGGAUUCCAAAAAGAAUCUGGUUUAUUUCUUGCAUGAGUUUUGCACUUUAAGCAAGAGUCUACAGAUGGUUCAGCAACUUCGACUUUUUAGGGAUCUUGUAAAUGAAGGCCUCUUUGACAUCAUCAGUGAUAUUCUGCAGAGUGAAGACAAACGAAUUGUCUUGACCGGGACAGAUAUCCUUAUUCUUUUCUUAAACCAGGAUCCAAAUCUUUUACGCAAUUAUGUUGUCCGACCUGAAGGAUCUCCUCUUCUUGGUCUCUUGGUCCAAGGUAUGCUUACCGAUUUUGGGGAUAAUAUGCACUGCCAGUUUCUUGAAAUCCUCCGCACUUUGUUAGAUUCAUACACAUUGUCUGGAGCGCAGAGAGAUACUAUCAUUGAUGUUUUCUACGAGAAGCAUUUGGGGCAGUUAAUUGAUGUGAUAACAUAUUCUUGUCCUGGGGGAUGCAAGAUUUUGGCCAAAUCCGCUGUCGAAAAUUUGGAUAAACACAGCUACACAAAGCCAGAGAUUCUAUUAAACGUCUGCGAGUUAUUGUGCUUUUGCGUUGUGCACCAUCCAUACAGAAUAAAGUGCAAUUUCCUGCUGAACAAUUCAAUGGACAAAGUUUUAUAUCUUACUAGGAGAAGAGAGAAGUACCUUGUAGUUGCUGCUGUUAGAUUUGUGCGCACUGUUAUUUCUCGUAAUGAUGAAAAUCUUAAUAAUUAUAUUAUGAGACGCAACCUUCUCAAACCCAUUGUGGAUGCAUUUGUCGCUAAUGGGGAUCGAUAUAACUUGCUCAACUCUGCAGCUUUGGAGCUCUUUGAGUACAUACGCAAGGAUAGUGUGAAGCCAUUGCUCAUGUAUUUGGUGGAGUCUUUCUGGAGUCAGCUAAGCAAGUUUGAAAACUUGACGUCAAUUCAGUCGUUAAAAGUCAAAUAUGAGCAGUCCCUGGAGAGUGUUGGAACGAAACCUGCUGUAAAUGUUGACUCCAGAAAACGGGUUGAAGACCGUGCUUUGGAGAAAGAAGAGGAAGACUACUUUAAUGAGGACAGCGAUGAGGAAGACACAGCUUCAGCUUCGAUGUCACACAACCGAAGGGUACAAGCCCAUCCUGUUUCAUCUAACGGCUCUGCACCUAGCUGCACACCAUUAAGCAGCACUAAACCCGGUGGACUAGUGGAUUAUGAUGAUGAUGAGGAUGAUGAAGAUUACAAACCUCCACCAAGAAAACAGACAGAAGCUUCCGAUGCGGAUGAAGGUACUCUAGAGUCGUUAAGUGUUAAGAGGAAGAUAGCUGCUAAGGAGGAGCCUGGAUUAGUCAAGAAGCAGCGACUUGAUAAAAACUCUAAACCAAAAGAGAGCGUGUUUGCUGCCUUGUGCACUACUCUUAGUCAGACAGUACUACCCAACAAAAAAACAGCAAGUGUUGGAGAGAAUGCUUCUCACAGCUCGAAUACAAAAAGCACUGCGAACAAGGAAAAUGAUCAAGAGAGAGAAGCUGAAGUAGCUAGAAAUCACAAUGAUGAAAACAGCUCAGCUGAUGAAAAUGGAAGUGAAAAGAACAUUACAUGUCAAAGGAAUUCUGAUACAUCGUCUAAAAGUCAAGAAAACGGACAGUUAGAAGGGGAAGAACAUCCACAUUUACCUUCAAAUUCCUCAACAGAGAUGGUGGUAAAUGGAUCAUGAUUUUAUCAUUAGAUAUUGGAUUUCGAGUUGAUAUAUUCUCAGUCUACCAGAUUACAGAUGCCUGAAGCUCAAUGACUAUCUGUUCCUUGAUUUUAGAGGAGAAUCACACCCCUAUCAGAAGAACGGAUUUAUUAGGUGAGACAAGUGAGUGAUAUAUGCUGUUGGGCUCAUUAUAUGAAUAUAUAGAAGAAGGGGUGAUUUUGUACAGAGCUAUAACGAAGACCGUCAGAUCAUAAGAAAGAAUGUAUUAUUUCUCUCAAGCGUUAACCUCCUGGUAUGUGUCUUGAGCAUAUACAAGUUACCUCUGUAAAAACUUGCUUAGCAUUGAUAUUCCCUGAGUAAAAAAAGGAGGUUUUGUAAAACUCAUUUUAGCCCUAAUCUUUUUUGGUUUUUGGCAAUAUCUCCUACAUUCCCUUUGUCCUGGCAAUCACUUUGCAUAUUUCCCUUAUUAGUUUUACAAUUUUGUGGAGAUUGCUGUAAUAUAAAGAAAGGUAUUAGUGAGUAGUGUGACCUUAAUCCAGGACAGUAGUUCAUUUGUGCAAUAGAUGCUUCUUGUACAUUUUUACAAUACAGAGUAGUAGUUUUCUAAUGUAUGAAGGCUGCUCAUGGUUGGAAGA